GUCUGCUCUGUUAAAUUUAAUAUCUGUUUGUGUUUUUGAUACGAGUGGAAAUUGAUCAGACUUGUUUAUUUUGCAAAAAAAUUGCUGUCUACUGUGUAAUUUAGCGAAGUAAAAGACUUGUUUUUGGUGUGAAUUCAAUCGUGUGUGAUUUAUUAUGAAAUAAAAUUGAAAGAUGAGACGAGGUCAUCAAGGAAUUGGCGGAUGGCGUAAUGAAACUCCGAGACACUAUAGACCGCGAAACGGCGGCAAUCCUCAUUUUAGGCCUUCAAGGAACUUUCCUCUAUUAAGUUCUCCCAGAUUCCCACCACCCGGUCCAAGGUCGCAUAGACCAAAUUUUCAUCGCCAUGAAAGCAAUGAUCAUGACAGAUCUCGAUAUAGAUCUGAUUUAUCACAUUAUUCAUUUACCAGAUCAAGUGAUAAACAACAUCAUAAUGAAAGACAAAUUUUACCUCUUUUACAACCAAACAUGAAACAUGGUAGUAAUGUAAGCACCAAUUCAUACCAUGGCACUAGCAACCCUGAUCGGUAUCAUGUCAACAGCAUGGGAGACAUCGACCACAGGCAAAUACAGCACAAAAGAGACUUCAAAUCUCACCCAAUUCCACCAUGGAAUGUUGAUAACCAAUUUCAAGAUAUUGAUGAUCGAGCCUAUAAUAGGACAUAUAAAAAUGACUCAAUGGAGCAAAAUAAAACACAACCAGAAUAUGUUGGUCAUAGACCACCAUCAUCAGAUCACUAUGGCGGAAAUCCAAUUUCAUCAAUAGAAAACUCGAAUACUUUUAGUAGGUCUGUUGAUGAUACUGUAAAUAUUGUUAGAAAACGAUUAUUGAGCAAAAAUGAUAGUCAACACACACCAGAAAGCAGAAAUCAAGAGGAAAAUGUUGUUGAUAAUUCAAACAUCAUGGAAUCGGCUAGUAGUCAUCAUGAACAGCCAGUAAAGAAAAAAUUACCAAGACAAAGACAAAAUAUUAAAGUAAAUUGCGAUAAAAUUAAAAAUAAAAUAUUUCAUCAAUUGUUCAAAAUGGAUAAAGAAAAGAUACAUAAGCUGUUAGACAAUCCAAAUUCAUCAACAAAAUUUGAGUAUGCUAUAAAUAGUUUAUUGACGGAAUCGCAGAAUAGCUUUAACCAACAUUUGAGAUCUGUUGCGGAGAAAUCUCUAUGUUCGUCAAGUACAGAGUUUAUGGAAAAUGAUAAUAAUACCAUAUAUGAAGAUACAUUUAUGAAACAGAUGCAAUGUAUCUUAGACCCUCAGGACACUGUGCUCCUUGAAGAUAUCAAGCCAGUUGUGAUGGCUGAGCUCAGUAAAGUAUUACAGUUAGAUGAAUUUGAACAUCGAUUUGAUACAAAUGAGAAAAAUAAUUUUCCAUCAUUAUAUCAAGGUGAUGAAACUGAUUAUUGUCAUGAAUAUCAAGAUGCAUAUAACCCAAGAGAACUACCUCAAAGCAAUACCAAUGACAGCACAAAUAAUACAGAAAACUAUAACUACAAUUUUGUUGAUCAAGCAGAUAAUUAUUACCGGCCUUAUGAAGACCAGCGUACUGGCCAACAAAGUGAUGAUGAGCCUCAACCAUUGUUUGAAAGACGACCCAGACGAAAAAGCUGCAAUUUCAGUCGUGAUAGAAAUAAUACAACAGAGAAAAGAAAUAUGAGGAAGAGUGUAGACAGUAGAUUAACUGAUUACUUUCCAAGAGAGGAGAAGUUUAUACCAAAGGAAGAAGCUCCACCACUAUUUGACGCUAAUGUAGAACUGGGAGAUGUAGAAGAUACUUUUGCAGAGUUAGAUAAACAGUAUCAUGUUGCAGUGGACCAUGACUUUAUUGAAAAUGAUGAUUUAUGUAAUCCUGUACCAGAUUUUAAUAAAAAUCCUUACUCUGAACUUAAUAUAAAACAAGAAAAAAACAAUAUACAUGACUUACAGCUGCUGAGCCAAGACUCAUUUAAUAAUCGUAAUAAUUUCCAGAAUGAUCAAAGUCAGUUUAAUCCAGAUACUACCAAUCCAUUGGAGGACACAACUUAUCAACACUCAUGUCAAAUGAAAGGAAUGGAAGUGAAAAAUAAUAAUAAUGACAGUGAAAACUCAAAUAUUAUUACAACGCCCAAAACUUCUGCAUCAUCAAAUUCAAGGAAAAGAUCGAUAGAGCAAAAACCGUCUCACCGUAAAGAAAAACGAAAAAAAAUGGAAGAAAAUUGUGACACUUCUCAUAAAACAAAUAAUAAAAACGAAAUAUUACAUGACCAUGAUUUUAUAAAUAAAGAAAAAAUUCAGUCAUCAAAGUCUACCUCUAGUGUAAUUUCAAAGAAAAAUGACAAAGCUCCUCCCUCUGAGGAGAGAAGAAAGAGCUCUAGUGAGAAAAAUUAUUCUGAUAAAUAUGUGAAAAGAAAAGAAAGUGAAGUAAAACAAAAUAAUAGUAGGAAAAGGCAAACUUCAACUUCAUCAAAUCAUUCCAUCAGUCCAAAAAAUAAUGAUACCUCAAAAAACCUACAUACCCCAUCAAAAACUGAGACAAAAAUUACUUUAAAAACGAUAGAUAUAUUUACAGAACAGCCUAAAAAAGUAAAUUUACACCAAGCUUACCGAAAUACAGCUCAGCAAAGUAAUACUAAAAAAAUUGCUGAAAUUAAACCAAAACCCACAUAUUUGUUACACCAAAAAUCUUCGAAAAAGCAUGAUGUGACUACACAAGUCAUAAAAAGAUUAUUAACAAAAGAAACUCAAACAUCAGACUCAAAAUGUUCAACUUCAAGGUUUUGCCAGACAGUGAAAACUAAAUGUGCUACAAAAGGAAUACAAACUGAUGUGGAGUUACCUAACAAAUCAAACAAAGGGUCCAAAUCUACCGACACAUUUGAAAGGAUGAAGGAAAUUGACUUAGAGAUCCAGGUGCUAUUACAAGAAAAGUUUAAAUUGUAUAACUCCUUAGAAAGCAAAGAAGGAGCGGUCCCAAUGCAAUCAUUGGGUAUGACUGUUCUUAAUGUCGGUACUUUGGAUGAUAACAAAGGAAGUAAUGAUGAUUUUGAAGAUGACAUUGUUAAUAAUUUUACCAGUAUACCAGAAGAAGAACUAGAGCAAAUUGCCUUUGAAACAGCUCAAGAGAAUCAAAAUCAAUCAUUUAUGAGCACUCGUCGUAAUCAGCGACGGAAGGAAUUACAGAACAGGCCAGACUCUGAAAGCCCUCAUGGAUAUACCAAGGAUAAAAAAAAAUCUAAAUCUCCUAAUAUUUCACUUAUUGAACAAAUUAUAACUGAUGAUCGUCCUUUGGAGGAUAUAAUAUCCCUUGAUGAUCUUGAAGUUACUCCAGCAAAAUCUAAACCGAAACCAAGACAAAGACCAAAGAAAAAGGCAGCUCCCAAAAGAAAAAGAAAAACUAGUCCUGAGACUGUUGAAUUGAAAGAAUGCUAUGUCCUUCUUAUACGAGAGGAUUUUAGUAAAUAUUCAAUAUGCAACAAAGUUGAGGAGAUUGUGUCCGAUUUGGUUGGUAUAGAAGACAUAAAAAGAGAAUUUGAAGAUGAUGUAAAUUAUAUUGCUGAUACUAGAGCAGGAGUAUCAGCAGGAAGAGUAGUUCCAAGUGAAGAGACUAUUAUUGAGGAGACUAUUGUCAAUGACCUACAGUUUGAUAUGUUAGAUGUGUCAGAGGACAUUGUUAUUGGAGACCAUUGUGAAGUUAAAUGUACUGAUGAAAAGGAAGCUAUUGAUCAUCCAGAUGUACCUAUAAGUGAGGAAAUCAUUUUGGAUAACAGCCAGUCGUCUAUGGAAGAUGUAACCACUCCGGCUGAAAGUCAAGGUGGUGAAUGUAAAUUAUAUGACUAUUCAUCUGAUGAGAACCUUCAACGUGAUUCAUUGAUUGUUAGCGGAAAUGCUGAUGCCAUUUUGGCUAUUGAGUGUGUUGAACAGAACUUCCUAGCGGCAGGCCUUGAUGGCAAUGUAUAUUAUUUCAAUGGUGAUGGGCAGCUCAUCACCACAUUGCGGGGAUCAAACUUGGCUGUGACUUGCCUCACUAUAGUCAAGGAGAAAUAUGGCACCACUGUUUACACGGGCUCAUUGGAUUCUCGAAUACGAUAUUACGAUUUGGAGACUGGCCUAGAAAAAGGUCCAGAGUGUAAUGUUCUAAGUCCCAUACAGACAAUGGAUAGAGCUUGGGACACAGUGUUUGUAGGUACAAGGACAGGAUUUGUUCUGCAGUUUGAGUGCAAAAAUAACAUGUUAAUACCAGUGAGUACGGUGAAAUUCUCGGACCAAUCUAUACUCGCGCUUCGUGCAAUGAAGGAGGGGCCACGUAAAGUGCUACUAGUGGCCGCUAGGUCUGAGAACGUGACAAUCAGAGACGCGCAAACCGGUCUGUUGUUGCGUACUCUGUGCGGGCCGAAGAUGACGGUGUAUACGCUGUUGUAUGAAGACGGGAAGGUGUACUGUGGCACCAGUAGCCAUCAGAUACAAGUGUUUGAUUACACUAGCGGCGCGCACGUGGGCACGCACGAGGGUGGCAAGGGCGCGGUGUGCCUGCGCGCGACCGGCGGGCUCGUGUUCGCCGGCUGCUACGACGGGUGCGUGUACGUGUACCGCGAGGGCGAGCCGCGCCCGCUCGCGCAGCUGCGCGGCCCGAGCCUCAUGCUGCUGUCGCUGGCGGUGCAGGGGAGUAAGAUAAUUGCUGGGUUCAAAGACAGAAGCCUGUAUAUAUGGAAGAUUCCGCUAUGUAUAUUACAAGAGAUGAUAUUGUAAAUCCCUACAUUAAGUUGUAGAUUCACCUUUACUGAUUAUGUAUUUACUUUAUAGUUUAACACCUUUGUAUAUAGAAUAAAUGGAUUAUGAAGUUUUUUUC